AUGGCCUUGAGAGGCCAGGAGGAUGCGACUCUCAAGCGUCAAGAACCCGUCCAGCCAUCAUCCAUGGUUGUGACAGUCGCCAGCGAGUCAAUCCCAGCCUACGAUGGGGUCAUCAGCCAGAGUUUACGAAUCAACGGCAUGGAUAAGCGACAAUUCAGGCCAGCUAGGCGGGUCACCGGCAAGGCAACUGCUCAGGGAUGGAAACAAACCAAGCUUUCCAAAACUGGCAGGGUUCCAACGCUGAAGCGCACGGUGCCUAUCCUCGAAAACCUAGGAGCCCGGAAAUGA